AUGGAAGUGGAAGAAGCAGGAGGCGAAGUGGAGAACGCCGGCAAGGACGAAGCGGAGGCGGAGUACCAUUCGCACGACUUCGAGUGGGAGGACCUCAAGGAGGAGGUGGAAUCCGGACCUACCUUCUCCUACCACCUCUCCCCUUUUCUCGAGCCCGCCGCGAGUACCACCUCGCUGCCGCAGCCCUCGUCGGAGGAGGCCUGGAGAAGCUUCCACCGUCGCCACGCGUCCGGGAAGUUCUUCAAGGUUGCAUCUCAGCCCCCUGCGCAAGUUCCCUUUUGUUCCCACAUUCCUGCUUAUUCGAUCAGGACUAGUAGAAACGAAAGGAGGUAUUUGCUUAAGGAAUUUCCUGAACUGUGUAGCAGCGAAGAUCAUGCCAAGGUUUUAGAAGUGGGGUGUGGGAAUGGAAGCACUGCUGUUUCCAUUCUACGGUCUAGUGAAAGGAUCACUGUCUUUGCUUGUGACUGUAGUAAAGACAUUCUUGAGAAGGCCAAUGAAAUUAUAUCCAAUACAAAAGGGAAUGAUAUCAAGGAUAGGUUCCACCCCUUUUUAAUGGAUGUUUCUAAAGAAACUUUCCCAGAUUGGUUAUUCUGCAAAGCCUGUCAAAGUUCGCUGGGGAAGACUGCUGCAUUUUUACUUGAUCCAAGUCACCAUGGAAUUAGAAAAGAGCACCCAGUCUUCCUUAGAGAGAACCAAUGUUGUGCUGGUGGCAUGGAUUUUAUUACCAUGAUAUUCACACUGUCAGCCAUACCCUAUGACAUAAUGCCAACUACUAUAGAACAAUGUGUUUCUGUUCUGAAACCAGGCGGCCUUCUUCUGUUUAGGGAUUACGGUCUUUAUGACAUGACAAUGCUACGGUUUUUACCUCAUCAAAGAGUAGGGUUUCGGGAAUAUAUGCGAUCAGAUGGUACCUUUUCAUACUUCUUCUCAUUGGAUACUGUGAGAAAACUCUUUCAUGCUGCUGGGCUAGUAGAGUUGGAGCUGGAAUAUUGCUGUGUCAAGUCCGUGAACCGAAAGAACGGGAAGACGAUGCAACGGAUCCAGCGGAACUUUUGCAUCACAGCAGUUCCUCAGUUCCAAACUGAAGAGGGGUCGGCAUUGCAUUGA